CUGCUACUACUAAUAAUAAGGAGAGCAGUAAUAUAUUUAUUUAUUUAUUGAUAUAUCCAUAUAUUUGAGUUGUAGUUCUUUCUGUGAAGGGCCCACACCGGAAGUCACAUGAACGCCUCAGCUCAAAGUUCCUCCUCCGUCGGUGAAAAAAAGAGUCAAAACUGAGACUCGAGCGUCUUUUUCUGUCAUUUUCUGGUGUCGAGCCGCGGCCGGUUGAAGCCACAACGACCAAAGAUGUGUCCAGAUUUCGCUGCUGAAUCAUCUCUGCAGAAGAAGCGGAGCUCGCAUGAAAACACAAACUAAGAGCAGCUGUCUGUGUCGCUGAAGCCUGGGGUUUAGUGGGAAGAAAAGAAAAGAAAAAAACAUUUAUAUUUAUAGAGCUUUACAAAGAUAAAGGAUGGCUUUCUUUGUGAAAAAGAAGAAAUUUAAGUUCCAGACGCAUCUGACUCUGGAGGAGCUCAGCGCGGUGCCUUUUGUCAACGGGGUCCUGUUCUGCAAACUGAGACUUCUGGAUGGAGACUUCGUUGCCACUUCUUCCAGGCAGGAGGUUCAGGAGAACUGUGUCCGCUGGAGGAAGAGGUUCACCUUUGUGUGCAAAAUGAGCGCCAACCCUCACACUGGAGUCCUGGACCAGUCUGUCUGCAGGGUGUCCGUCAGGAAGGAACUCAAAGGAGGAAAAGCAUUCACGAAGCUGGGCUUCGCGGACCUGAACAUGGCGGAGUUUGCGGGUUCUGGCUCCACCGUGCGCUGCUGUUUGCUGGAGGGAUACGACACCAAGAACACACGGCAGGACAACUCCAUACUCAAGGUGAUCAUCGGGAUGACCCUCCUGUCUGGAGAUCCAUGCUUUAAAACGGCUCCCAGCACCGCAAAGUCCAUCUCCAUCCCGGGACAGGAGCACACCCUGCAGCUGGACUGUAAGGGGGAGGGGACGGCCGAGCCCGGGCUGGCGGGAGGGGUUUCUCUGGGCCGAGCCCCGAAGCCUCGACCUUCCAUCAUCAACUCGGGUCUCCUUGAAGAAUCCGAUACGAAUCAGAACCAGUCCGGUCCUGCAGAUUCCUUCCAGUCCGGUCACUCUCGUAACUCCAGCUACGCCAGCCAGCACAGCAAAAUCUCAGGCUACAGCACCGAGCACUCCUGCUCCUCCAGCCUGUCCGACCUCACUCAUCGCAGGAACACCUCGACAGGAAGCAGCACCUCUGGAGGCCUGGCCUUCACCACCGACACCCCCCCAGAGGCCGAGAAGGACGCUGGACGUCCAGAAAGACCCCCUCGACCCCCGCGGCCUGUGCUGCCCCCCAACAGACUGUCCAGGUGCAGACACCAGAGUCCAGACUUCCAUCAGGCGUCGAGCUUCAUUUCUGCCUCGAGCUUCACUUUCUUCUUCUUCCGUUCUCUGUAUUUCAGGAGGAAGCAGGACUCGGUGGAGAGUCACCCGACCUGGGUAAACGACACUCGCAUAGAUGCUGACGACAUUGUGGAGAAAAUCGUCCAAAGCCAGAACUUUGCGGAUGUUAACAACACUGAAGACAGUAACUUGCACCUGUUCGUCAGCAGAGAUGGAACCACAGCGCUCAGCGGCAUCAGGCUGGGAAACAGGAUGACUGCAGGCGUCUACGAGCCUGUGGUGAUAGAGAGCCAUUAAAGCAGCAGCAGAAGAAGAAGAAGAAGAAGAAGAAGAAGAUGAGGAGGAGGAAGAAGAAGAGGCGGCGCGUUGUUGACCUCUACUGGUUUUUCCCAGGAGCUUCAGCUGGUCUGAAGCCGUGCGAGGAAAAACCCUCCGUCGGUUUGCACUUUAUGUGAAGUUUGUGGCAGUUCUUCACUCCGUUGAGAUGUUUCUGUGACUCAGCGCGACAAACGCUUUUUGUUUUUGUUGUUUUUUUGUUUUUUUUAAGAGGUCACCUGUUUAACUGACAAAGCACCGGAAUCAUCCAGGUGUCCCCAGAGAUGUUCAUGCUUUACCACUGACGUUGGUCCGGUAAAAAAACCCACUAGCAUUAGCAUUAGCUUUAGCUUUAUAUGCUAGAAGAUGAUGCUAAUGAUGUGGUGUCUUUUGGCUCUAGGCUACAUCCGAAAGAAUAUAGCAGAUUUUAGCAAGAGGAAAAGUCUCCUUUCUUGUCUUAAACCUCAAGAAAAGUUAGAUUUUUACAUUUGUGAACAGAUCCUCCAUUUCCUGUACUGUCGUGUGUGACGCUAGCAAGUGUUAGCGUCGCCCCUCCAAUCUGUCAGUUCUUUAUUGUCUAUGCUAAUCAAACUAGCAUUCGAAAAAUACAGUCCACAUGAUCUGACUGGUUCUUCUAUCGACAGUCUGUAAAAUUUAAAGUUUAUUCGUUCGCAAUUUUUCCAGAUUAUUAGCAUUAGCUUCAUUUCCUAGAAGAUGAGGCUAAUGGUAUGGCAUCUCUGGGCUAUAGGCUACUUCCCAUGAAUAUAGCGGAUUUUAGCGAGAGGAGAGAAAGCUACACCCUCAGUUUUUUACACUUCCUCCACUUUCUGUACUUUAUUCCGCUACGAUCACUAGCAUCAUCCCUCCGAUUAAUCAGUUCUUUAUUGUCUAUGCUAAUCAAACUAGCGCCCUUUUUUACACUUGUGAACAAAUCCUCCAUUUUCCGUACUUUAUUUUGAGCCAUCGCUACCAUGUGACGCUAGCAAGAGUUAGCAUCAUUCCUAUCACUACUUUAUUGUCUACGCUAAUCAAACUAGCAUUUAAAAAAUACAAUCCACAUAAUCUGACUGGUUCUAUCUACAGUCUGCAAAAUCUUUUUUUCUUUUAUAAUCUUUUUAGAUUUAAAAAGCAGAUUUGUUUCCUCUGUGUUUCUUUUAAUUUAAUAACCGUGUCUCAGGGGACGCACGGAUGAUGAACGGCUUUUAUUUCUACGGACUGACCCAAGUUUUUCCUCUUAUGUGGCCUCAACAAGUUCCUCUUGUAGUACUUACCUGUGUCUGUGUCUGGCUUUUAUUUUGAAAUUCAUCCGAAGCGUCUCUGCACAGUUUUGUCAAGAUAAAUGUGAUCAGGCUCAAAUCCAAAACUGGACAAAACCUUCGAUCUCGUGCAGUUUCACGCCGUUAAGUUUACGGCGGGUGAAUGUGACCAGGAGUUUAAAACCACUGAGUUUCUUCCCUCCUGUUGAUCGGGGGGGAGGAGGUGGAGCAGUCGAACCACUCUGUGCCUGAAAACGUUCUCUUAAAUGACCCGAAAGCACCAAGAAGAGCUGAGAGGAGCGUGCUCAUGAUGGCGAGGAGAGAAAUGUUGCUUCCUCUUUUGUUUUAUCAUUAGUUUUUUUUUUUGCCUCAGCUCUGUUUUAACUCAAGGCUUCGCUGCAUGUUCAGUCACAGAGCUUCAGGAUUCAUUAGUGGGAAUCACAUUUACUUCUCCUCUCUCCUCGCUGGAGUCGGAUAAAAGUAAAAACACUAACUGGCUCUGUGGUACAAGCUCUUCUGGUUUUCAUCUCGACUGGAGGAGGCAAACCCUUGGCGCCCCCUGGUGGGGCAUCGUCGGGUUUCUUCUGCACCGGUCUGGGCCCUGUCGGCAAAUACAAGGAUGUUUACUUACUAGAAAAUGGUGAUGGUGGAAAAAACCAGCCGGCUGGUUUCAGUCUUUUUUUUUUUUUUUUUUUAAAUCACGUUUUCUCACCAACAGUCUUAAAAUCUUAUUUUUCUCUUUGUAAUAAUCAUAACAUCACAAAAACCCCGUCACAAUUUAUGCAAAAUCUGAUUAUCUAUAGGUGCGUUAUGCUCACUGGCCAGUUCAUUAGGUACGCCAGUGGAAGCAGUCGUGCAUAAUAUCUUUGUGCAUUCGUUUAUUUAUUUAUUUCACGUCUGUGGACGGUGGGAGUCCAUCCAGGAGAACAGGGAGAGAACCCACCAGACACCAGGAGAACACACUCCACCCACAAAGCUUCUGGUAUUUAGGAGCUGUUCCUAUUAUUCUGGCACUUCCAGCCAGUUUAAUCCUGCAGCACAAACUCCAUUUUCCAAAAUGAAUCCUCCUCCUUUUUAACGUUUUUUUUAAUUUUUUUUCAGCUAAAGUUUCUGCUUCAUCAUUUUUAGAUAAUUAACAGAUUAGUUGCAAAAAAAUGUCCAGAAUUGACUUUUUUUUUCUCCUCACAUUCAAAGAUUUGCUGCUUCUCUGUUGUAUUUACUUUAUAUUUUUUACUGUGCUCUUAAAGCAAAACCUUAAUGAAAAAAUAGAAAUACUGAAACUUUACAAGAAGAAAAUAAGAUUUUAAAACUUUUAAUCAACAUUUUAAAAAAUGUUUUUGUCAUACACUACAUACCACGUCUUUAUUAAUCACACCAGUCUUUUUGGGGGAUGAACCACUGAGAGUAUAAUCUGAAUCUGGGGCCUUUUUCUGUCCUUUCACAGCAUUUAUUUAUAUAUUUUUGGUUCUUUUUUUUUUUUUUUAAAUCAGGAGGUAGAUUAUAAGCUAUGCACAACACCACUCACCUCCCCGAGCUUUUAUUUUUUAUUUUUCUUUCCCUCUUAGUAAAUCUAACAAAUUAUUUCUAUUGUAACAGAGCUAGUAUAUCAUCUAAAUUUAUAGAGAGUUGGAGCCGUUUGUCCAAUCAACACGUAGUAUGAUUUAUUUUUGUUGUUGUUUUUUUUGGUUUUGGCCAAAACGACAAAUAAAAAAAAAACUAAUCUGA